CCCAGCAUUGAUGGCGUUUUACCUUUGACUAAAAAUUAAAAAAAAAAAUUGCCCAGGGUAAAACGCCACCCUGAAAGCUUAGUUUGGUAAAUAGUUUUGUCACGCGUCUUGUUUGGGAAAUUGUUUUCCAAAAACGCUCAGUUUGACAAUUUUUCCUUUGAUCUCCACAAUUCCAUGAAUGUAACCAUGAAUCAUCUCCGACACCACUAAACUCUGCAACCUCCAAUUCUCCUUCUCAUAAACAACCCUCAACAAUGGCGGCUUCCUCUGCUUCACUCCAUAGAUCCUCUCUCUCUCCUCCUCCUUCUUCCUCCCCUCUUCAACGCCUCUCCACCUUCAAAGACAACAACAACAACAACAACCCAUCUUCUUCUUCUUCUUCCCUCGACCCCACAAUCACAACCAACCCCCUCUCCUCCUUCUCCUCCGACCCCAUUUUCUCUCUCUUCCUCUCCCCUGACUUCUCCUCCACCUCCUUCUCCUCCCAAGCUCUCUCCUCCGGCUCCGCCGCUUCCACCGCCGAACGCCUCCAAGACGGCAUUCGUCUCCUCGAAAAACAGCUUCGCUCCGAAGUUCUUUCCCACCAUGAUCAUCUCUUCUCUCAGCUAUCUUCCCUUCGAGACGCUGAUUCCGCUCUUUCCCUUGUUCGAUCCUCCGUUUUCUCUCUCCAAUCGUCUGUUCGUCGCGUUCGAUCUGAGAUCUCUGACCCACAUACCCAGAUCAAAUCUAAGACUACCCAGUUAACCAAUCUUCAUACUGCUUCACAGCAUUUGCAGUUUACUAUCAAGGUGUUGCGAUUGAUUAAGAAGCUUCGAGAUCUAAUGGAGGGUUCUUCGGAAUCGUUGGACCUUUUGAAGGGUGCUCAAUUGCACUGUGAGAUUCUUGGGUUAGCUAAUGAUAAUGAUUUGGGUGGAAUUGAUGUGGUUGAUGAGGAAUUGAGGUGGGUUUCUGAAGCCGGGUCGAAACUUCGGGCCGAAGGGAUGAAGAUGUUGGAGGGAGGAUUAGAGGGGUUGAAUCAAGCUGAGGUUGGAAGUGGUUUGCAGGUGUUUUAUAAUCUUGGGGAAUUGAGGGGAACAGUUGAUGGAUUGGUUGCUAAGUAUAAGAAUUUGGGGGUUAAGAGUAUUGCUAAUGCAUUGGAUAUGAAGGCAAUUUCUGCUGCUUCUGGUGCUGGUGGUGGGUUUGGUGGUCCUGGGGGGAUUCAGAGGAGUGGGACGCCGCAAAUUGGGGGCGGGGCGAGAGCGAAAGACGCUCUUUGGCAGCGGAUGAGUGGGUGUAUGGAUCAGCUGCAUUCGAUUAUCGGAGCCGUUUGGCUAUUGCAGAGGGUUUUGUCUAAGAAGAGGGAUCCUUUUACUCAUGUUUUGUUGCUGGAUGAGGUUAUUCAGGAGGGUGAUCCAAUGUUGACAGAUCGAGUUUGGGAAGCAUUUGUGAAAUCUUUUACAAGUCAGAUGAAGUCUGCAUUCACUGCUUCAAGUUUUGUGAAGGAAAUAUUUACGUUGGGCUACCCAAAACUUUAUUCCAUGAUUGAGAAUCUGUUAGAACGAGUAUCACGUGAAACUGAUGUCAAAGGAGUUCUACCAGCUAUUAGUUCAGAAAACAAAGAGCAGAUGCGUGGGGCGAUCGAAAUUUUCCGGACAGCAUUCUUGACCCUUUGUUUGAGUCGUCUCUCAGACCUUGUCAACAGUGUCUUGCCAGUUUCCAACCGGGGGAGUGUUCCCUCUAAGGAGCACAUAUCCAAAAUCAUAUCACGGAUCCAGGAAGAGAUCCAAGCUGUUCAAUUUGAUGGACAUUUGACUCUUUUGGUUCUGCGUGAAAUCGGCAAAGUUCUGAUUCUCUUGGCUGAGAGAGCUGAAUAUCAGAUAUCUACUGGGCCUGAAGCUAGGCAGAUAACAGGUCCCGCAACUCCAGCUCAACUGAAGAACUUCAUGUUGUGUCAGCAUCUUCAAGAAAUCCACACUCGCAUAUCAGCUUUGUUGUCAAAACUACCCCGUGAAGCCUCUGAAGUAUUGUCUCCCUCACUAGGUGCUGUAUAUGGGGUUGCCUGUGAUUCAGUAGAAUCCUUAUUCCAAGCUAUGCUGGACCGUCUUCAGUCAUGCAUCUUGCAAAUCCAUGACCACAACUUUGGCGUUGUAGGCAUGGAUGCUGCUAUGGAUAACAAUGCUUCACCGUACAUGGAGGAGUUGCAGAAAUGCAUUCUCCACUUCCGCAGAGAAUUCCUAUCCAGGUUGUUGCCUUCCUCUAAAACUGCAGCAGCAACCGGAACUGAAUCUAUAUCCACUAAGCUCGCACGUGGAAUGGCUUCACGGGUUCUCAUGUUCUUCAUUAGGCAUGCUUCCCUUGUAAGACCCCUUUCCGAGUCUGGAAAAUUGCGGAUGGCUCGGGAUAUGGCUGAGUUGGAAUUAGCCGUGGGUCAGAAUUUGUUCCCAGUGGAGCAGCUUGGUGCUCCAUACAGGGCCCUACGAGCAUUCCGUCCUGUCAUCUUCUUGGAUACAUCUCACCUUGAGGCAUCGCCACUGCUUCAAGAUCUGCGCCCUAGUACUAUACUUCACCACCUUUAUUCUCGAGGACCUGAUGAGUUGCAGUCACCAAUGCAGAGGAAUAAACUCACGCCUCUUCAGUAUUCCUUGUGGUUGGACUCUCAGGGUGAAGAUCAAAUAUGGAGGGGAAUCAAAGCAACUCUAGACGACUAUGCUACAUUAGUGAGGUCUAGAGGAGACAAGGAGUUUGACCCUGUUUAUCCCAUAAUGCUUCGAAUAGGGUCAUCUAUCUCAGAAAAUUCUUCUCAGUCGGAGACUUGAUUAAUUAUGUGGGCAACAGGCAACAGCAGCAGACGCCGUGUUAUACUUACUAAAGUGCCCUUUACUGGAUCAAUUGCUUAGUUUAGGAAUACUGCAGGUUUUAGAUGAAGGGCACAACUGGUUGUUUCUUAACUUUGGGGCUGGAAACAACAUGCUAUUCAACUCAAUGACCAAAGCUUACAUUUUUUGGAAGUCAUGAUUAUUGUAGGCUCAUUGUUUCAAACGCAAAGGCCGUUGUUUAUAUACUCAGAGAAUUGAUACUGUCCAUUCAAUUUUUUCCAUGUGUUUUUAUAGGGAGUGAUAUUUGUAUACUACUGAUAUAGUGAUUUUUGUAUAAGCGUCACAUCGUUUCCUAGCUCUUUAUAAUGGGAUAACUUCGUCUUCCUAGCU